AUGUCUUUCAACCUGGGGGAGGCAGCACUGCGUCAGGAGGCGUCGAUACAACUAGAAGAAGAAGAAGUCCCCGGAUGCGGAAGUGGAGUGAGCAUGUCGUCCUACACGUGCAUCAGCUGCAGAGUGGCGUUUGCAGACGCAGACAUCCAGCGAGCUCACUACAAAAGCGACUGGCACCGCUACAACCUGAAGCGUAAGGUGGCCGACAUGGCUCCGGUCACCGCAGAAAACUUCCAGAGCAGAGUCCUCGCUCAGCGGGCUGCCGCGGAGGAGCAGCAGGCUGUCUUGUCCAGUACCCAGCUCUGUGACCUCUGCAACAAGAAGUUCUCCACAGCCAACGCCUUCCAGAACCACCUGCGCUCCCACAAGCACCAGCAGGCGGAGAGGCAGGCGGAGAGAGCGGCUCAGAGCCAACUGCAGAGACUCAAUGAGAAGAACUUGGAGAAGGGAUUAGGUCCAGAGGAGAUGGACAAUGACACCAGGAAUGCGGCCCUGCAGGAGGCGCUGAGGAAGCAGCAGCGGCCCAGUGUGUCCCAGCCCCAACCAGAGCAGAGUGCGCCCAGGCCCCGUGCGGACAGGCCCCCCCGCUGUGUGUGGCUGGAGGAGCAAGCCAAGAAGAGGGAGAAGGAUGACCCCGCCAGCCCUGAACCAGAGGCGACAGAAGAGUGGGAGGAUGUGGAGGAGGAGGACAUGGAGGAGGUGAGCUCGGAGGAGGAGGAGGAGGAGCAGAUGGAGGAGACGGCCGCUGCUGAAGGGGUCCUGCCAGGGUCCAUCCCCGUCACAGACUGCCUCUUCUGCCCGCACCACUCUCGCUCUCUGCUCAGGAAUGUGGCCCACAUGACCCACGUGCACGGCUUCUUCAUCCCAGACAUCGACUUCCUGGUGGACCUCCGAGGACUUGUUCAAUACCUGGGGGAGAAAGUUGGAGCCGGAAACGUGUGUCUUUGGUGUAACGAGAAAGGACGCUCGUUUUAUUCCACUGAAGCCGUUCAGAGUCACAUGACCGACAAGAGCCACUGUAAAGUCCUCACGGAGGGGGAUGCCGCUCUGGAGUUUGCAGACUUCUAUGACUUUAGGGGCAGUUACCCGGAGGACGGGAUUGAGACGGACGAGCUUCCAGAAGACAAGACCCUGCAGUUUGAUGAGGACACUCUGCAGCUCACACUGCCCUCAGGUGCGGUGGUCGGUCACCGGUCUCUCAUGACGUACUACAAGCAGCGCUUCGGAACCCAGCGCCCUGUGGCUCUGGCCCACAAUCAGAACGCUGUGGGCAGAGUGCUGCGUCAGUACAGAGCUCUGGGCUGGACAGGAGAGUCGGGCCAUUCCCAAAUGCAGAGGCAGAGGGACAUGCAGUACGUCCGGAUUCUGAAGUCCAAAUGGAUGCUGAAGAUGGGAAUGACCCACAACAGCACAAAGCAGAAGCACUUCAGAGCUCAGGUCAUGUUUUAG